UACCCCAACUGCACCUUCCCUCAAGUUCCAUUCACCCUCUUCCCCUCUCUUAUUUUCCCGUUACUUGUUCUCGUUCUCCUCCUCUUCCGUUUUCAUGUGAGGUCAUUUUGUUUGCAGAACACAACAUAAACCUCGUCACUCACUUUCUUAAUUAACCCAAAGAGGCAUGAGUUGCAACGGCUGCCGUGUCCUUAGAAAGGGUUGCAGCGAGUCAUGUAUCUUGCGACCUUGUCUUCAAUGGAUCGACACCCCCGAAGCCCAAGGCCAUGCCACUGUCUUCGUAGCCAAAUUCUUCGGCCGUGCCGAUCUCAUGUCCUUCAUUUCCAACGUCCCUGAACCUCAACGCCCUGCUCUGUUUCAAUCUCUGCUGUUUGAAGCGUGUGGACGAACGGUCAACCCUGUCAACGGUGCCGUCGGGCUUUUAUGGACCGGCAACUGGCACGUGUGCCAGGCCGCGGUUGAAACGGUGCUCCGUGGUGGCACCCUCAGGCCCUUGCCGGAGCUUCUUGGCUUAGAUGCUCCUUCUUCCACCGCCGACGAAGCCUCCGAAGGGGAAGUCACCUGCACCGACAUGUGGAGGCUCCGAGAUCCGAACCAGAAUUUCCGGUUCGGGAACUCGAGGUCUGAGAAGGUCGCUUCCGGCGGUAAACGCAAGCGAUCGGAGGAACUCGCCAAGAUUCAGACGGCAACUGAUCUUAAUCUCCGGUUAACGCCGACUUUUCUGCAGAACGUGUCGACCUACGGCUGCCGGCGGGAAAUUCGCCGGCCGGGGUCGCCGUCGAUGAACUCGGAGGAAUCGGUGACGACGACGGCGUGUUUGGAAAGCGGGAUCGGAAAUCACUACGCUCCCGACGGAGACCGGAAAGUGCUGAACCUUUUCAUUUGAGGGUUCUCUCUCUCUCUAUAUAUAUAUAUCUGAGAUUCGUGUUUUUCUGAAUCGUCUAAUUAAGGAGUCUCACGCACGCGCAUCUUUUUGUCUCUUUUUUGAACGUUUUAUUUUGAGACGAGGGUUUUCCCGGAAUUGAAAUCCGGUGAGAUUUUGUAAGACACGCCGGCACAGGAUUUUUCUCUCUGGUUCUUUGUAGACAGGGAGAGAAAGAUGAGGGUUCGUCGGUGAUAAUUUUUCAUUUCCUUCCUUUUUUUUGUUUUCCUUUUUCUUUUCUAUCUGUCCAACAUGUUAUGAUGGUGUGACAUGAAUAUUAAAUAAUUAAAUACAUAUUUCUUUUAUUUU